UAGUUAGUAUAUCCGGAGAUAACUUGUCGAACUAUUACUAUACUAUAAAAAUACACAGUGUGUCCUAGUUCUUCGUGAUAACAUGAAACUAGUUGCGAUAGUUGCUAUUUUUAUGUGUAGCGUAGCCUUAACUCGGGGUUACAAAAUACUGGGUGUUUUUAGUUAUUGUGCCCAUAGUCACUUUAGUUUGGGGUAUCGAAUUGCAUCGGAAUUAGCUGCACGAGGGCAUGAUGUGACUAUGAUAACUUGCAAACCGCAGAGAAAGGGGGUGAAGAAUUUAAAAGAAGUGUCGGUGGAAGGGCUUAAAAAACAUCUUCAAAGUUUUAACGCCGAUUUAGCAGAUUUUGGACAGAUGAGCUUUUGGGGCCAAUUAGAAUGGAUAAAAGGUCUAGGUAUUGCCUAUACAGAGUAUGUACUAACUGCUCCUGAAGUAAAACAAUUAUGGAACUCUAAUCAGGAAUUUGAUCUUGUUGUGAUGGAGCAUUUUAUUAAUGAUGCAGCGACGAUAUUUCAUCACAGGUUCAACUGUCCCUUAGUGAUUUUAGCUCCCGGACCAAUGAGCAUGAUGAACAACUACCUGGUAGGAAAUCUAGCUCCGCCUUCGUAUGUACCAAGCAUUUUGGGAAACUACGACGCUGAAAUGAACUAUUGGGAAAGACUGUCGAACACUUACAAAUUUAUAAUGGGAGAAAUUUUCAUGCAUACGAAGUUUAUUCCUGCGCACAACGAGUUACUGAAACGAGUUUUUCCAGAUGCUCCUGACCUAAACACUAUUUUGUAUAAUGCCAGCCUCAUUCUCAUCACCUCCCAUGUCAGUUUAAUAGAUGCCAUGCCUCUACAACAAAACAUCAAGGAAAUCGGAGGUUACCAUGUCACCGAUCCAGAACCUCUGCCGAAGAAUCUUAUUGACUUUUUAGACAGCGCCAAAAACGGAGCAAUCAUUUUCUCUAUGGGAUCCAAUCUAAAAAGCUCAGAUUUUGAACCAGAGAAAAAACGAGCAAUCUUGAAGGCUUUUUCGAAAAUCAAGCAAAAGGUUCUUUGGAAAUUUGAGACGGACCUUCCAGAGAAGAGUGAUAAUGUGAUGAUUUCUAGCUGGCUACCUCAAAAAGAUGCCUUGGCUCAUCCAAAUGUGAUAGGAUUUAUUGGACAUGGAGGUUUACUCGGCACUAUUGAAGCCAUAUAUCAUGGUGUGCCCAUAUUGGGUAUGCCAAUCUUUUGGGACCAAAUGAAGAAUAUCGAGGAAGCUGUUAGAAAAGGUUACGGUGUAAAACUCAACUUUGCUGACUUAACUGAGGAGACAUUUGAAAAGUCCUUAAAUGAAUUGAUCAACAAUCCGAAAUACAGAGAAGGUGCCAAAACAAGAUCCAAGAUCAUGCAUGACCAACCAACGAAGCAAAUCGAUGAAGCAAUGUUCUGGAUAGAGUACGUGGUCAGGCAUAAAGGAGCCCCACAUUUGAGAUCUCAAUCUGUCAAAUUGCGGUGGUACCAACUGUAUUUAUUAGAUGUGAUAGCUUUGCCAAUAUUAGCGGUUGUUAUUUUAGUGUUCGUAAUUAGACAAUGUGUCAACUUCGUAGUUUUUAGUAAAAAAUCCAGUAACAAAAAGGCGAAAAAACACUAACCCAAAUCUAUUAUAGAAUAAAAUUUUUGCAUAGUACAUACUAUUUCUUCACAUGACGUUCAGAUACUUUCUCUACUCUAAACGUCAUACUAAUUUCUUUGGAUUAUAGGAAAACUUUUAGUGAUACUUUUGGAUGGACUUAAUUAAAAAAUGUUUUGUUAUUGAAUACUGAUGUUUUGUAUGCAUCUUCUCGAACAAUAUCAAAAUGUUUUACUGUUAGGAAAUAUAAAUGAUCUAAUAAACUAGAAAAUUUAAGAAAA